AAUGGAGCACCUGCAGGUGCUGGAAGAGAACAAGAGAGAUCAUGAAAACCCAGCAUCAAGCCUGCUGCAGGAUCACUAUCUCGAUUCAUCUUGGAGAACUGGCAACAGUCUUCCCUGGACAUUGGACAGCAGCAUUAGUGAAGAAAACAGGGCUGUCAUUGAGAAGAUGUUGCUGGAAGAAGAGUAUUAUUUAUCUAAUAAAUCACUUUCUGAAAAAAUAUGGCUCAACCAAAAGGAAGUGGAGAAAAGAUCUGUGAAAAGCCCUCAUAAGAAGACUGGAAAAGUCAUGGUCCGGUCACCUGCAAAACCACCUGGCUGCUCCCUGAAGUGGACAUUGGAGGAAAAAGAGCUGUUUGAACAAGGACUGGUGAAAUUUGGCCGCCGGUGGACGAAAAUCGCCAAGUUGAUCGGGAGUCGAACUGUCCUACAGGUCAAGAGCUAUGCUCGGCAGUACUUCAGGAACAAGGCAAAAAAUGGUGAUUCUGAAAAAGAAGAGCAAAGUCAGCAAGGGAGCAGUGUUCCCAUGGAAGAUGGGAUAAGGGUGGAAACUGGAAAUUUGAGAGGCCGUGCAGACCCUAAUCUGAAUGCAGUGAAAAUUGAAAAGCUGUCAGAUGAUGAAGAAGUAGACAUAACUGAUGACAUGGAUGAGCUACUCUCUCCUAGCUUCCAGCAAGAAACUGGAAAAUGUGAAUUAUCUGUUAUUCCAAAAAGUCCAGUUGAAGAAACAAAAGGAAUGGAACACGGUUUGUCAUCUGCUGGACACAGUUCUGCAAUUGCUUUGCCUAAAGAAGAUCCUCAGCAGACCAGGCAGGAUACAGUGGAUGCCUUGGUAUUUCCUGCUGUGGCAGCAACGUGUUCCCAGCACCUGAAUGGUGAUAAAUCUUUGAGUUUAGAUUUCCAGCAGUACAAUAAUUAUAUUGAGAGAGCUGAACAAGGAGGAGCAGUAACAUCUCUUGGUACUGGACAAGCGACUGCUCAGGAGCCCAGUGAGGAGCAAAGAAACCCGGCUGACAAUGGAUUGCUUUUUCCUUCCCCCUGCCAAGCGGAUGAAGAUCAUCAAGAAGAAGCAGAGGAGCUGAAGCCCCCUGAUCAAGAAGUGGAGGUUGACAGGAGCAUCAUUCUGGAGGAGGAAAAGCAGGCUAUUCCCGAGUUCUUUGAAGGGCGCCAGGCCAAAACACCGGAGCGUUACUUGAAAAUCAGGAAUUAUAUUUUGGAUCAAUGGGAGAGAUGUAAACCCAAGUACCUGAACAAGACCUCGGUGCGUCCGGGCCUGAAGAACUGCGGUGACGUCAACUGCAUUGGCCGGAUCCACACCUACCUGGAACUCAUAGGGGCCAUUAACUUCGGCUGUGAGCAGGCCGUGUACAACCGGCCCCAGGCUGCCGACAGGACGCGCUCCCGGGAAGGCAGGGACACGGUGGAAGCCUAUCAGCUCGCACAGCGCCUGCAGUCCAUGCGCACAAGAAGGCGGCGAGUGCGAGACCCCUGGGGAAACUGGUGUGAUGCCAAGGAUUUGGAAGGACAGACAUUCGAGCAUCUCUCAGCUGAAGAAUUAGCAAGAAGGAGAGAGGAAGAAAAACUGAAACCUGCAAAAUCUUCCAAAGGUUCGAGACAACCCAAAAGUUCCUUUGAUCCCUUUCAGCUGAUACCCUGCUGUCUGUUCACGGAGGAGAAGCAGGAGCCUUUUAAGGUGAAAGUGUCUUCUGAAGCACUUCUAGUAAUGGAUUUGCACUCUCAUGUGUCUCUGGCAGAAGUGAUAGGGCUGCUGGGUGGAAGGUACUCUGAAGCUGAUAAAAUUGUGGAAGUGUGUGCAGCAGAGCCCUGCAACAGCCUCAGCACAGGCCUGCAGUGCGAGAUGGAUCCAGUGUCCCAGACACAGGCCUCGGAAACACUGGCUGCCAGAGGAUUCCAGGUCAUUGGAUGGUACCAUUCCCACCCAGCCUUCGAUCCCAACCCCUCCAUACGAGACAUAGACACUCAAGCCAAAUACCAGAGCUAUUUCUCCCGGGGAGGUGCCAUGUUCAUCGGAAUGAUCAUAAGCCCUUACAACCGGAAUAAUCCCCUGCCAUAUUCCCAGAUCACCUGUCUGGUCAUUAGUGAUGAGAUCAGUGCUGAUGGUUCCUACCGCCUGCCCUACAAAUUCGAAGUGCAGCAGAUGCUGGAGGAACCUCAGUGGGAAUUAGUAUUUGAAAAAACAAGGUGGAUAAUUGAAAAGUACAGAUUUUGCCACAGCAGCGUCCCCAUGGAUAAAAUUUUUCAUAGGGAUUCUGACCUGACUUGUUUGCAGAAACUUUUGGAGUGCAUGAGGAAGACUUUGGGCAAGGUGUAUAUUCAGAUAAAUCAGUCACAGAUUGAUCUUGAUUGGAGAAGUUUCCUGAUUGCAACUUGGAAAUGUUUCGUGAGCUGUAUCACUGUGACUCUUUAUAGAAGAAAUGUGUUUUAAAUUUUACUUUCUAAAGAAACUUGACUUGUCUACAGGUAUUUACACAGGUUUAUCUUGGGUGAAGUUUCUCAGAGAGGUCUAAAAUGUAUUUGAAAACCUUAAACAAGACGUCAAGUUUAUAUCUAGAGGGGAGAGAGUGGGCUCAAUUUUUAUUUUAAGAAAAAAUAUGUGUGUGUAUAUAUCUAGUUCUACAUAACAUGAAUGGAACUUUAAGAUUUUAUAUGUUUCAGCUUUUCAUUUAUAUAGAAUUUGAAAAGCUUUAAAAUCAUAGAGCUGCAUCCCAAGGAGGGAAGCCCUUCACAGGAAGUUGAUGUUACGGUUUUUACCAUGAAAUGUCAGACUCUUUCUGUCACUGAGGGGAAGGUGCAGAACCUGAUCAAAGGAAAAUGGGAGCUCUUGAUACUCAGUGAUUUUCCCACAUUCAAGAGCCGUGGACUCAAAAGUACUGGUGGAUGUUCUGUGCUCUCUUCUAUGUCCAGAUCUGCAGGUGCAGAGCUUUGGGUCCCACUGCUGUGUGUGAUUUACCACUGGUGCACCCAUCUGUGUCCAGUGUGUUGGCUCAGUCUGCACUUACUCUAAACUGUCCUCUUUGGGACUUCCUCACUCCCAAUACUGCAUGGAUUUCUGUAUUCCUAGUUAAACUACACUCUGAGUGGGAAGGCACUCCUGACAGCUCAGCUGUGGGUGCUGUGCAGUGCAUGGUGUUGGGUUCAGUUUUCCAUAGGUUCUCUAGGAGAUCCCCCAGGAUCAAUGUACACGGACAGCUGUAAUUUGUGCUGGUUGGUAGCAGGAGAAUUUUGAACCCCUGUGUAGCAUCAGUAUGAAGUAGAUCCUGUUCACUGUCCUCAUAGGGUCUAUUCCCAGCCCUUUAAGGAUGGAUUAGGAUUACCCAAGCAGUGGUAACUGUGCUGGCUGCUUCUCUCUGUAGUGAUUACAAUGAAUUAAAGUAACACAGUUGUAUCAAUUGGAUUUAACAGAGAUGUUAUAUAAGGAAGUUGUGAGUGACACACACUUUUGAAGUGGUUUGUCUCUGGGAAGAGGACAUGGUGCAGGACCGAGCCUUUGGCAUGCACAGAGACUGCAAAUAUUCUGAGUUUAUGAGCAGGGUGGUGUGGAGAAAAUACAAUGCUGGUACCAUUGGGAUCCAGUCUUGCACACGGAAUUGUAUGGGAAUUGGAAAGAGCACAGUUGUGAUGCUGAGUAAUGAUUUUGUUGGCAGGAGCUGUGGUAAGAAAAUAACUAAUCUGCUUUUCAGCAUUUAGUUGGUCUGAGUGGUUAAUAAGGAGAGUUUGGAAGUUACAGGCUUCCCAGGAGGUAAAAAUCUGUUUUACUGAUGUGCCAGUUCUGCUACCAAACACAUAUCAGGCAUGAAAAUUCUUUAUUACAAAGCUUUUUUUUCCCCAUCCAGGCUUUGUUUCAGUGCACUUGUGAGGACUAAUCCACUGUUCCUUUCUGUAGGUCCAGUGUUACACCCUGCCAAGGUGUUGCUCAGGAGAUGAGGAAUGGUUGAGCAGUGAGUAGAAUGAUACAGUUAAAACUGAAAUUCGAGUUUAAAAUAGGAAGAAAUAAAAUAAAAACAGGCAACCACAAAAAAACCCAAACAACCCCCCAAGAUGUCACUUGUGCAAAUAUCCUUGAAGGGCAUUUGUUGGCUGAAUUAUGUUUUGCUCUCUCAGUUUCCAGCAGUGCUGCUUCACAGGGCACAGAUCUUGUGUACAAAGGGGAGGGAACAUCUCUAUUUUUAUGUUUUUAAAAUAAGUAAUUUUCCAAGAACAAUUCAGAUGAGGAAAAUGAACAAACCCCAAAACCAAACAGAAAGUUAACACUGUUGCCAUUGAUGUUAAGCACUGUUUUUCCUUUGCUUGCUUCUCUGCUAUUCCUGACUGAUGAUAGAGAAGAGUCUGCUAAUAAAGACUGUGUAUGCAACGCCCUGAAA